AUGUCGUCGCCAUACAUUCACGAGGCUGUCGCGCACCGCAGCAAACGCGUGCGCUUCUCCAACGAACCCGAAUCUUCGCCGCCUUCGAUGUCCUCCGACUCGGCCCUUGCGUCGACCAACGCCGCAGAGGACUCUACGACCAACGCAAGCGACUUGGGUACCUCAGACAGCGACAGCGAGCUGUCCGAAUCGAGCGAAGAACCCAGCAGCGACGAGACUUCAAGCGACGAAGAAGAGGACGACGACGGCGAGGACACAGAGAUGGAGCUUGAUGAGCCAAAAUCACAAGACGGCAUUGUAAAUCUACGCGCGAACAGGGGGAAGAAGCCCAUCAUGAAGCUGGGCGAUGAAGACCUUGGACCCGACAUUCGUGGUUUCCUCAAAGACUUUUUACCGCAGUUGAAGGCUGCAAAUGAAGAGUUGGAGGCGCAGAAGAAGGCUGGAACACUGAAGAGUUUAGACUCUGUCGAGGCGCAUGAGGAGGGUGAGCCAUACAUUGAGAUGGACCUUGGAUUAGGCGUGCUCGAGGAGAAAGACCCGAAUGCGAACAGCGACGACGACAGCGCGAGCGAUGCCGAAGAUGGCGACAAGGAGAAGGAUGUGCUGGGUAGAUUAAUGGGACGUGAGAAGAAAGAUCCAGCGGGUAUUGAGGUGGUGCAGAACACGACCGGGUCAUAA